CUGUUUCUGUUUGACACGUAGCAGGUUGAGAAUCGAUAACGUACCAAAUAAUCAUAAAUAUAUUUUUCUUUCCAUAUUUAUAAAUCAAUAUCAUCAUAAUUUCCUAUUUAUCCAGAUUUUAGGUUUAUCAAUACGAAUGAAUGUUUUUAAGUUGGUAGUCCUAUUGUUGAAGAAGCAGAUGAGAACUUGUUUCGAGACAUAUGGAUCUGGGAAUGCGCUUCAUCUUGUACCUCUCUGUUUCUCCUCCUACGUUCCAAUCCAAACUACGUAGGUUGGUAGGUGAUGGAUAAAUGACUGUCGAAAAUAUUUAUCAGCUUUUAGCUUUGUUUACGUGAUUUAGGGCUUCCACAACCGUAUUGAAAUGGUUUCCGUCAUUCAACCUUUCAUGACGGUUGAAAGCUGUCGCUCAUACAUUGAUGAACUCUACUCCAACGACACUCAGAAAUGCCACCAAGCUAUCAUUUGCUUGAAGAACUCUGUUAUUGGAAGCAAUCGGCAAAAAGGAAAUGUAAUCGCACAAGGAAUUGUGACACGUCUGAUGCAGAUUCUCGCAGACGUCAAACUGCCUCCCGAUCUACGCAGUGAAGCAGCAAUCACCCUCGGAUCUUUAGCCAAAGGAACAGUCUCUCACAUAAAGCAGCUCAUCGAUGUUGGAAUUGUCCCCGUUCUUCUCACUAGUAUAUUAACGACUGAAAGCAACAAGCUGAUAGAGGCAUGCCUGCGAUGCGUGCGGUCCGUGUUCCGGCACCCGAGUGCUCCCGUCGAUCUCAUAUUCUUCGACUCGCCCAAUCUGGUCACCGCAUUGCUUGGCCUCGUCAUGCACUCCACCACCAACCAGAUCUGUGUCACCACCAUUCUCGGUGCUUCCACCAAGACGGUAGAGCACCAGAGGGUACUCUGUGAGCUAGGUGCAGUCUAUACCCUGGCUGGACUACUCAGCUCGUCUAUUCCUGCGGUCAUAAUGCCAGCUCUCAAUUUUCUAGCCAAUCUAGUGUACCAGAAUCACAAUGUGGCUAGUUCUGUAGCAACAGCAAGUUAUGGUGGUAAGGCGGUACCUGACAUAAUCGUAGGUCAUAUGAGUAGGCAGAAGCCUACUGAAAUGCAGCUAGCUUCAGCAAGAUGCAUGACCUACCUUCACAGGGCUGGAGCCGUGUCUUCAGAUGAUCCCAAAAUACUCUUCAAAACUCUUCCAAUACUGGUGGUGCUAUGCAAGAAGGACCGGCCGUGCUCUGAGCGAAUAGUGGCGGCCGAGACGCUGGCCUACCUGACCGAGGUGGACACCGAGCUGCAGCGACUGGCCUCCAUCUCCAACCACCUCAUCCCCACCCUCGCCGACCUGCUCCACUACCAGCCCGAGAACAACAACAACAAUAACGUCGUCCUGCAUGACAUACAGAUCCAGCAGGACAUGAAGCAGGCUGCCUUUCGUGCGUUUGCAUCGUUGGGCGCCAACGACGAGGACAUUCGGAAGAAGAUAAUCGAGACUGACAACCUGAUGGGGCACAUUGUGUCCGGCCUGCAGGACCCCAGUGCACGCGUCCGUCUGGCCGCAGUCCGCUGUCUGCACUCUCUCUCUCGCUCUGUUCAACAGUUGCGCACCACAUUCCAAGACCACUCAGUUUGGAAACCGCUGAUGCACCUGCUCCAGGGAGCGAGCGACGACAUCCUCAGCGUAGCCUCUUCGACACUGUGCAAUCUAUUGUUAGACUUUUCGCCAUCGAAAGAGCCAAUCUUGGAGUCAGGAGCCGUUGAUCUGCUAUGUAAUCUCACGCGAAGGCCCGACCCUGCUCUCCGAUUGAACGGCAUUUGGGCGUUGAUGAAUAUGGCGUUCCAGGCUGAACAGAAGAUCAAAUCACAAAUUUUGAACACUUUAGGAACAGAUCAAAUUUUCCGGUUACUAUCCGACCCACAGGUCAAUGUCCUCAUGAAGACACUCGGUCUACUAAGGAACCUGCUCUCUACAAAACCUCACAUUGAUCACAUUAUGGGUUUACAUGGAAAUCAAAUAAUGCAGGCUGUAAUCUUGAUCCUUGAAGGAAACCACUCAGCUGAAGUGAAAGAACAAGCUCUAUGUAUUCUGGCGAAUAUUGGAGAUGGUGAUUCUGCAAAAGAUUACAUCAUGGCUAAUGAAGAUGUAUUGAAAAAGUUACAGGAUUACAUGAUGCACAAUAAUGUAAAACUACAAAUAGCAGCAAUUUUCUGUAUAUCAAAUCUAGUCUGGAAAGAUGAGAGUGGCUCGGCUGAGCGACAAGCCAAACUGAAAGAGAUGGGCGUCUUUAGGCUACUACAGCAACUAAUCAUGACAUCAGAUACACUUCUAUUCGAUAAGGUGAAGACUGCGAUGACGCAGUUCUCAGAAGCAUGACAUUUGGAGUGCCCCUUCGCACCAUAUUUGGACAAGGCUUAUCCCAGCAACUGCAUCUAAUAAACACAUUCAUUGCAAAGUUGCCCGCUGAAUGUUUCAACCAGACUAAAUAUUUUGUGCAAUUCACGGCCGCAUUUUAGUCUGAGGCAUACAAAUGAUCUUUGGUACGUGUACCAACCUUUCAGUUAUUUAUCUGUUAUAAAUUAUUUAUUAUAAUGUGAUUGUUGUAUAUUUAUACUUGUAAUAAAUGAUGAAAUGCGUCCUUCUUGGAUUUGAAGAUUA